AUGGGUCUCGUAAAAGUUGUUAAAAAUAAGGCCUACUUCAAGCGCUACCAAGUAAAGCUGAAGCGUAGACGUCAAGGAAAGACUGACUAUUAUGCCAGAAAACGUUUGACCGUCCAGGAUAAGAACAAGUACAACACCCCCAAGUACAGACUUGUCGUCCGUUUCACCAACAAGGAUAUCAUUGCUCAGAUCACUUACUCCAAGAUCGAAGGAGAUAUUGUUGUAUCUGCCGCUUACGCUCACGAGCUUCCACGUUACGGAAUCAAGGCUGGUCUCACCAACUACGCUGCUGCUUACGCCACUGGACUUCUUUUGGCUCGUCGUCAUCUCAAGAAAUUCGAACUUGCUGAUAAGUACAAGGGACAAGAGAAGGUCGAUGGAGAGUACUACAAUGUAGAGUCUGACGGAGACCGUGCUCCAUUCAAGGCUUUCCUUGAUGCUGGACUUGCCCGUACCACCACUGGUUGCAAGAUCUUCGCCGUCUUGAAGGGAGUUGCUGAUGGAGGAGUUGAAGUCCCCCACAGUGAAACCCGUUUCUUCGGAUUCGACUCUGAAUCCAAGGAAUACAACGCCGAGGCUCACCGUGACCGUAUCUUCGGAAAGCACGUUGCCGAGUACAUGAAGUCCCUCAAGGAGGAAGACGAGGAUGCCUACAAAAGACAAUUCUCCCAAUUCAUCAAGAGCGGAAUUAACGCCGAUUCCAUCGAGAGCAUGUACACUAAGGCUCACUCCGCCAUCAGAGCCAACCCAGAUGCCGCCGAAAAGAAGCCAGCCAAGACCCAGCACAACACCACCUACAAGUUCAAGAAACUCACCUACGGAGAGAGAAAGGAACGUGUUGCCCAAAAGAAGGCUCUUCUCUUGGAAGCCAAGGCUCAACAAGAGGCUUUGUAA